UAUAGUGAAUGCAGGGUCCGGGGAGACCAGAUAUAGUGAAUGCAGGGUCCGGGGAGAGCGGAUAUAGUGAAUGCAGGGUCCGGGGAGACCAGAUAUAGUGAAUGCAGGGUCCGGGGAGACCAGAUAUAGUGAAUGCAGGGGUCCGGGGAGAGCGGAUAUAGUGAAUGCAGGGUCCGGGGAGACCAGAUAUAGUGAAUGCAGGGUCCGGGGAGAGCGGAUAUAGUGAAUGCAGGGUCCGGGGAGAGCGGAUAUAGUGAAUGCAGGGUCCGGGGAGAGCGGAUAUAGUGAAUGCAGGGUCCGG